AUGCCCUCUCAGUCGCAACCGUCGCCGCAAGACACGACGAUCGCCUCGGCCUCCACCACCAGCGACGUCCACACGCAUUUGCUCUCACACGCGGCUAGGAACAGGCACCCCGUGGCAGCAGAAGCAUCCAGUACCAUGUCGGCCAACGCGCCCACUGAGCCGGGCUACGGCACCGUCAAGCAUGGCGACGUCGAGAAUGUGAAGCCGAGCUCGGGCGACGACAUUCGCGAGUUCCCAGACGAGGGCCCCUUGUCCGACGCGGACUCGGUCCACGUCCAGGACGGUGUCAGGCGUGUCGAGGCCAUUACCACGGUCUGGUCCAAGAAUACCAUGAUUGUCAUGUUCAUUCUUCUGUACCUCGUCAGCUUCGUCGACACGCUCCUCCAGAGCGUCCAGGGCGCGCUCACCCCGUACGUCACCUCGUCUUUCAACGCGCACAGCCUGCUCAGCGUCACCGACAUCCUGUCCUUUAUCCUCGGCGGCGUCUGCAACCUGGCCAUUGCCAAGGUCAUUGACAUUUGGGGCCGCGCCGAGGGCUUCUCUGUCAUGGUUAUCUUCAUCAUUGUCGGCAUGAUCAUGAAGGCCGCCUGCAUCAACGUCGAAAUGUUUGCUGCCGCCAACUCCAUCUACUGGGUCGGCCACAUUGGUAUGCAGUACGUCGUCCAGAUCAUGUACGCCGACAUGACCACCCUCCGCAACCGUAUGAUCCUCUUUGGCAUCCUGCAGCUGCCCACGAUUGCGGCGACCUUUGGCGGCCCCAAGAUUGCCGAGCUAUUCUACACCCGCUCCAACUUUCGCUGGGCAUUUGGCGCCUUUACCAUCAUCAUCCCCGUCUUUGCUGCGCCCGUCGUGUUCCUCUUUUGGUGGAGCAAGAUCAAGGCCCAGCGUGAGGGCAAGCUUGCCAAGCACGUCAGGACACGCACCCUCUUCGAAUCGCUCAAAUACUAUGCGAUUGAGUUUGACGGCAAGUACAUCCAUAUUGUUGGCAUGUUCCUGACCAUUUUCGGCUGGGGUUUGCUUCUUCUCCCUUUCAACUUGACGUACUACGCCCCCAACGGCUGGAAGACUGGCUACAUCAUCGCCAUGAUCGUCCUCGGUGUUGUUCUGCUUGCGGCGUUUGUCGUCUGGGAAAAAUACUUCGCCACUGUCCAGUACUUUCCCUUCAAGCAUCUCAAGGAUAGGAGCAUUCUCGGUGCAUGCCUGCUCUACGGCAUCAUGUUCCUUUCCAUCUUCACCUGGGACACCUACUACUACUCGUAUCUUCAAGCCGUCCACGACCUGAGCCUUUCCAACGCAAGCUACGUUCUGAACGCCUUCUCCCUCAUGUCCUCAGUCGUUGGUCCCUUGUUCGGAGUCUUUGUCCGAUACUAUGGUUACUACAAGUGGCCGGCUAUCAGCAUGACACCCUUUGCUGUGCUGGGUACCGCUCUUCUCAUCUACUUUCGUCGUCCCUCGACCCACGUCGGUUACCUUGUCAUGUGCCAGCUCUUCAACGGUAUUUACAGUAGUGUGUGGGCCACCGCCUCGCAGCUCAGCGUCAUGGCCAAUGUCAGCCACCAAGAAACCGCCGUUGCGGUAGCGCUCUACGGUCUCUUCGGUUCCAUUGGCGCCGCCGUUGGUCAAGCAAUCGCCGGUGGCAUCUGGACCAAUGUCAUGCCCACGCAGCUCUACCAAAACUUGCCUGAUGACCUCAAGGCCAACGUCACCGAGAUUUACUCGUCUCUGACGGUGCAGAUUAGCUUCCCUCUGGGCAGCCCUGGCCGAGAUGCCAUUAUCGCUUCGUACGGCUACGUGCAGAGAGUCAUGGUCAUUACUGGAUGCUGCUUCCUGCCGAUUUGCGUUGCACUCUUGUUCCUGUGGAAGAACCUCAACGUCAAGAAGAUGGAAGCGACGGAGCGCCGCAAGAAGGGCAACAUCUUUUAG